GGUGUCAACCUGACUGCGGCCCGGGAAUGCGGGCAACUUGUGUUCCUCGAGGGUCUUAAGUCUUCGGUGGAUGUCUUCUUCCGGGCUCAGGCGGAGCCACACCCCCUGCAGUUCCUCAGGGAGGCCGAUGCUGGGAACCUGCAGCCCCUGUAUGAGUUUGUCCGAGAGGCUCUGAAGCCCGUGGAUGACGGACAGGCCGCGUGGAGGUGCCCAGUGCUGCUAGUGGACGACCUCAGUGUGCUGCUGAGCCUGGGCCUGGGGGCGGUGGCUGUGUUGGACUUCAUCCACUACUGCAGAGUGGCCGUGUGCUGGGAACGAAAGGGAAACAUUGUGACCCUGGUACACGACAGUGGAGACGGCGAGGACGAGGAGAAUGACAUCCUCUUGAAUGGCCUUAGUCACCAGAGCCACCUGAUCCUGCGGGCCGAGGGCCUGGCUACGGGCUUCUGCAGGGACGUGCAUGGACAGCUGAGGAUCCUCUGGCGGACACCAUCACAGCCCACAGCCCAGCGGGACGGGAGCCUCACUUACCAGUACAAGAUACAGGACAAAAGUGUGUCCUUUUUUGCCAAAGGGAUGUCUCCUGCUGUUCUGUGACCUGAUUGAGGAGCACACAGAGCGACCUUGGACCGUUUUCAGAUGUGAAAGAUAAAGCGACGGGUCGGAAUGGAUCUGUACACCUUUGAAGUGGCAUUUCAGCCUGGACCAACAGCCUCACUGCAGGGCGGGGCCGUGGAAAGGGGCUGUGACGGCACGUCCUAGUUCCCUGGGCUGUUUGGAUAACAGAGGAAAUAGCAACCUGGCCUCUGCGGAGAGAGACGCCACAUGUUGAAACCGGGUGAAAGUGGUGCCGGGAGCCUUUCAUUAAAUACGCUUUAGCCUCAACUGCCCAUUUGGCUCUUGUGCCUUUCAGAGCCAGAGUGGGUAUGAACGUGUCAGCUAGGAGACAGCCCCGGGUGGCAGGCCCCGGAGGGACACUGUGGGUAAUCAAGGCUGGCAUGAGGAGAGUCCCUGUAUUGUGGCUUCCUAGUGAUGGACUGUCUCAUUUAAUUUUCACCUGCGUCCUGCAGAGGUAUUUGCCCUUCAGUCUGGUAAGAAAACCGGCUUAAAGAGGUUUGGCCAGCGCGCUCAAGGCUGGAGAGCCGGCCGUAGGUAGUGGAGCCCGACUCUGAAGUUCACACUUGCUGACCGAGCCUCCCAGAACCCAGGGGCAGGCUUCCCACUUGGUUCACAGCUUCACUUCCUCCUGGUUCUGGGGUCCCUGGCACAUGAGGCUUCCUGGCUUGGUGAGAGGGGUCAGGAGUGUUCUUGCUGCCAGAUGGGAUGGAGCCUUGGCAAGUUCCUCCUUCACCUGUGAAGACCGAAGAGGUGAGCUCUUGCCCCAGCAUCCUGUAGAUCCCACACUCAGCCCGUCAGUCAGGAUCGCCUCAGAGUAGACACCAGGGGCAUUCCCUUAAACUGGGUACAUUUUUGCUAUAUGCAAAUUAUACUGCAAUGAAUUCGAAAUGAAACAAUUACACUGAUCAGCAGGGACUAAGGAAAUUUCAUAUCUAUUGUUUAAUUUUAACUUUUCACGUUUUUUAGUUUUCGUAAAAGGGAACAACUCAUCACUCCUCUUCUCAAGUCUUACUAUUAUGUUGGUUAUCCCACUGAUAACCAGUAACAGUAGCUGCUUUUCUUCCCAAAAAUAUCGCAGACCUGAUAGAAUAUUUGAAAAUUAUGUGUACAAGUAACUUGAGAAAGUGGUUAUUGAAGAACUAAUGAUUCUUCCAUGAAUACUCUUCAGUAUUUAUACCAGCUUCAUCUGAGCUACAAUUCUGAAUGGGCACGGCACCCCAGAACAUUUUUUACAUGAUAUGGAUGUUGCUAUUCUGUUUCUUCACUUAAUUUAUAAAUGAAUUUACUAAAUCUU